GCAUAUCCACAAAAUUAAUUACUUUAGCCAUCUUCAGUCUAAACACUGCUAGGGUUUCAAUUCUAUUCAAUUCAAUCGCAAUGGCGCCUCCGACCAAACCCAACAAGCUAGCCACAGACGAUUCGGAGACGCCGUCCAACAAUCUCUGGGUUGGGAAUUUGGCCAGCGACGUCACCGACGCCGAUCUCAUGGACCUUUUCGCCCAAUUCGGUGCUUUGGAUAGCGUCACCACCUACUCCUCCCGGAGCUACGCCUUCGUCUUCUUCAAGCGCGUCGAGGACUCCGCCGCUGCCAAGGAGGCAUUGCAAGGUGCCCUUCUGCGCGGAAACCCUGUUAAGAUUGAGUUUGCCCGACCGGCAAAACCUUGCAAGAAUCUAUGGGUAGGUGGAAUUAGCCCAUCUGUCUCAAAGGAAGAAUUAGAAGAAGAGUUUUUUAAGUUUGGAAAAAUGGAGGACUUCAAGUUCCUUAGAGACCGUAAUACUGCAUUUGUUGAAUAUUUUAAAUUGGAGGAUGCUUCCCAAGCAAUGAGAAACAUGAACGGGAAGAGAUUGGGUGGUGACCAGAUACGUGUUGAUUAUCUUCGAUCACAACCCUCGAGAAGAGAACAGUGGCCUGACUACAGAGAUGGACAGUUUCCAGCCAGAAACACGGGGCCUGAUUCUCACAAAAGACAACAGUAUUCUCAAUCUUCUGGGGGACGAAAAGGUGACAGCCAACCCAGUAAUGUUCUGUGGGUUGGUUAUCCUCCUUCUGUUCAGAUUGAUGAACAAAUGCUCCACAAUGCCAUGAUUUUGUUUGGUGAGAUUGAGAGAAUUAAAAGUUUUCCUUCAAGGCACUACUCCUUUGUUGAAUUCAGGAGUGUAGAUGAAGCUCGGCGGGCCAAGGAGGGCUUGCAAGGCAGGCUUUUCAAUGAUCCUCGGAUUACAAUUAUGUUCUCAAGCAGUGGGCUGGCACCUGGGAAAGAUUACCCUGGCCCUUAUCCUGGAGUCAAAGGACCUAGAUCAGAUAUGUUAUUCAAUGAACAUCCGUUUCGGCCUUCACAGAUGGACAUGUUUGGUCAUAACCGUCCAAUGAUGUCUAAUAAUUAUCCUGGAGCUCUACCACAAAAUGGCAUUGUUGGACCAAAUGCUCCAAUGAGGCCUUUAGGUCCUCAAGGUAGGUUUGACCAUCUGCUUUCAGGCCCCGAACUUAAUGAUUUGGCGUCGCUUAAUAAUUAUCAAGAUGGAAAUUCCAAGAACCUGAUGGGUCCCAACUGGAGGCAGCUGUCUCCUCCCACACCUGGGGUCGUGUCUUCUCCUGCGCCUGGUAUUAGGUCACACAUGAGACCUGCAUCUAGUGCAUGGGACGUUUUGGAUGUUAACCAAUUUCAAAGGGAUGCUAAACGGUCAAGGAUAGAUAGUCCUUUGUCCAUAGACGACCCUCCAUAUCCGUUGAGAAAGAUUGAUGACCAUGGAUUAGGGUUCGACUCGUCUUAUGGACUUGGUCCUGUAAUUGAUGGAGGUGCUUCUGGACCGUCUAUGAAUGUCCAAGGGAAGAAUCACCUUAGUCCAGCUGGUGUAAGGGUCUCAGUCGGAGGGCUUCCUGAUAAUGAUUUUAUAUGGCGUGGAACUAUUGCUAAGGGUGGAACGCCUGUUUGCCAUGCUCGCUGUGUCCCUAUAGGAAAAGGAAUAGGAAAUGAGCUUCCUGGAGUUGUUAAUUGUUCGGCUAGAACUGGACUGGAUAUGCUCACAAAACAUUAUGCUGAGGCCAUUGGAUUUGAUAUAGUAUUCUUCUUGCCAGAUAGUGAAGAUGAUUUUGCUUCCUACACUGAAUUCCUUCGUUAUCUAGGUGCAAAAAACCGUGCUGGUGUUGCGAAGUUUGAUGAUGGGAUGACCUUAUUUUUGGUACCUCCUUCAGAUUUCUUGAAGGAUGUUUUGAAAGUUGCAGGCCCUGAACGUCUGUAUGGUGUGGUUCUCAAGUUUCCACAACAAGGUCCUAGUACUGCUUCCAUGCACGAACAGAUGCAGCCUAUGCCACCUUUACAGUUUAUAGACAGACAGCAGAUUCCUUCUUCACAAGUUGAGUAUAAUGUAAUCCCACCGAACGAUGAUCACAUUUUACCUAUGGAUUAUAACAGGGUUUUGCACGAGGGCUCGAAGCUUUCUGCAAAACCACUGUUUCCACCUACUAGCAAGUCCUCUAGAGUGCAACCGCAAGACUAUGCUUCUAGUAAUAGUGCUGCAGUAUCACAAGCUGGAGUUUCAUUAACUCCUGAACUUAUUGCCACUCUGGCCACUUUACUGCCUGGAAAUGCACAGCCGUCUGGUCCAGAAGGUGCUAGGGUGCCAGUAUCCUCAGCAGCUAGGCAUUCAUUUCCUGCUUUUGCACCUAGUAAAGUAUCCUCUCCUGGAUGGAAACAAGAUCAACAAAUUUCUGAUCAUACUGGUCAUGCAUUACAACAGUUAGGUAGUCAGUUUAAUCCACAUGAACAGAAUCUUUUGCAGUACCAGCCUUAUCCAUCUGUUCCAAACUCAUCCAACCAUUCUGCCCCAAUGGCCCUUGGUAUCAACCAAAUCCCAGACUCUUCUACCAGUCAGCCCUUGCAGUCUGCAAAUCCUUCUAGGCCUUUGAAUAAUUUUACAAUCCCUUCUCAAGGUGGUGGACAAGUUACUGGAUCCUCUCAUCUCAGCCAGCACUAUCUGGCUGAAGCUCCUCUUGGUACUCAGAAAUCAGCACAUGGAACAGAUACGUCUGGGUUGUACAAUCCACCUGUUUCUCAGCAAUAUAAUAAUUCCAUGGCCUUUUCUGGUCAGACUUAUGGUGCUAAUUCGCAGUCUCAGACCUUUCUGCCAUUAGCGGCUGAAAAGGUAAACCCAGAAUACCCAAAUCAAGUGCAGCAACUUCAGUCUGCACUUAUUGGGGCUGGUCAGAGCGCCCCAGAUGGUGAGGCUGACAAAAAUCAUCGGUAUCAGUCGACGCUCCAAUUUGCGGCUAACCUCCUCCUCCAAUUACAGCAGCAACAACAGCAUAAGCAAACGGGUAGUCAAGCGGGGCGAGGGUCUGGAAGUCAACAGUGAUAAUUAUUAUCCCAUAUAGGUAUUUUCCCGUCUCUGGCCUAUGGAUAUUUUUUUUUCUUUGCAUAUGAUCAAAUUUAUGUGCUAGUAUAAUAGUAUUUGUUUUAUAUUAAUUAAUGCCAUAGGUUUAGCACAUAUUUCCUUGGGCGAUUGAACAAUAUGUGAUAUGCUCUUUCUAGAGAAAAACACAUCUUUUGGAAGUAUUAGUCGGCCAACUCAUGUGUUUGUUUCUGCUUUUUGCAUAUGGUGAAACUUAUGUGCUAGUAUUCGUUUUCUAUUACUUCAUGGAUAAGUUUAGCAAAUCAUUCUUCUUUUGAUCGAUCUAUAUGUAGUCUACACUCCUGGUUGCAUAGACAUCCACGUUCAGUUAUUUGUUUGUGUCAGUGACUUUGUACUUUGGUAUGAAUGUUUUUUCUAGAGAAACAUGCAUCUUUGAAAGUUUUGUUAGUUGGCUAAUCUAUUUGUCUGUUUUCUUUUCUUUUCAUAUGGUGCAACUUAUGUGGUUGUAAUUUUUGUGUAAUUAAGUCCUUAGGUUUUAUAACAUCUUUCCUACGAAGUAGAACUGUAGAGCUAUAUAUGAUGUGACGUCAUGUCUGGUUGGAUGGGGUUGCUGAUGCAGAAUAAUAUCUAGGAUAUUAUUAUUUAGUUUCCUAUAUUAUUUUAUAUUUCUAUUCAUUAUGGAAUUAAGAUUACUUUCCUAUUUCUAGUAGAUUUAGGAUGGCUUUUUAGUCAAAAUGGUCCUAAGAUUGGCGUAACUCCUCAAUUUGAUCCUUGAGAUUUGAAAUAAAUAGAAGUGGUCCAUAAGUUUGUCCCCUAAUUAUUUUGGUCCUUCCAUGAAAAAUCUCCAUUAAAUAAGAAUAAAGUGACAAAAAUACCCUCAAUUUUUGUCAAAUCAUUUUCACGCAUUGGUUAUUAAAAUGAGGGUAUUUUAAUCAUUUUGGUCCUUUUUAACAGAAUUUUUCACGGAAUGACUAAAAUGAUUGAUGGUGGACAAACUCAGGGACCACUUCUAUUGAUUUCAAAUCUCACAGACCAGAGCGAGGAGUUAUGGCAAUCUCAUGUACCAUUUUGGCUAAAAAGCCAUAUAGGAUUCUUUCAUAUUUGUUGUAGGAUUAGAUUACUUACUAUAAAUAUGUGCUUUGUAAUUGUAUUCGGGCAGUUGAAUUAUUGAUUAAAUGGAUUUUUUCUGAGUCUUUCUUUAUUC